AUGAACGGAGAAAAAUCAACAACAAAUGCAUCGGUAGUUUCAAAAGAUGCAGACGAUCGCCGACGUACCAAUCUCCAACAGGUACAAAAUGUUCUUCUAAUCUGGUUAGACAGUAACAUCGAUGAAACAAAUGAUGAUUGCCAAAAUACAAUCAUAAAAUUACGACGUGCUGUUAAUAAUAUCAAGACAUAUACAAACGGUGAUCAAUGUCUCGAAUUCAUUCAAACCAUCAUCGACAAAAAGGUAUGCAUGAUUAUAUCUGGAUCACUUGGACAACAUAUUGUGCCUCGUGUGCACAAUAUGUCUCAAGUGGAUUCAAUUUUCAUUUUUACUGACAACCAAAAACAUCAUGACCAAUGGGUCAAAGACUGGCCCAAAAUAAAGGGUGUUUUCAAAGAUAUUGCACCUAUCUGUGAAACACUCAAGGAAGCUGCACAUCAGCGUGAGCAGAAUGCCAUUCCCAUCAGUUUCAUGGGAUUAAAUAAAAAGUUGGAUCAAUUAGACCCGUCUUUUACGUACACUCAAACCAUAAAGGAAAUUUUAUUAACCAUCAAAUUCGGCCAAAACCAUAUACAGGAUUAUAUCGGUUAUUGUCGCGAUGCCUUUGAAGGUAAUACGAAGGAAAUUGAAAAUGUCAAACAAUUGGAAGGUGAAUACCACAACAAAACACCCGUUUAUUGGUACACCUGCCAAAUGUUCUUGUAUCCCAUGCUCAAUCAUGCAUUACGACUGAUGGACGGCAAUAUUAUUAUGCGUAUGGGCUUCUUUAUUGGUGAUUUGUAUCGACAAAUUCAACAACUACAUCAUGAGCAAUAUGCCGGUACAACUGCCGCUAACACUUUCACCGUUUAUCGUGGUCAAGGUUUAUCUACAGGGGAUUUUGAACAAAUGAGCAAAAUUAAAGGUGGUAUUAUUUCAUUCAAUAAUUUCUUAUCUACUAGUAAAGACCGUGAACUCUCCUAUGCUUUUGCUGAAAACAAUCAAGCCAAUCCGGAUUUAGUUGGAAUACUUUUCGUUAUGGAAGUGGAUCCAUCUCGAUCAACAACAUCUUUUGCUUCAAUUGCUGGUAUUAGCAAGUUCCAAGAAGAGGAAGUCUUGUUUUCAAUGAAUAGCGUGUUUCGUAUCCUGAAUAUUACACCGAUGAGUGAAAAUAAUCGAUUGUACGAAGUUAAUUUGGUACUAACUGCCGACAAUGAUCCAGAAGUGCAGAAGCUUACUGAUUACAUUCUAGAAGAGAGUUAUCCAGACGCUGAAGGAUGGUACAGAUUGGGUAUGGUAUUACGUAAAAUGGGCCAAUUUGAUAAAGCUGAAGACAUUUAUCACGUUUUACUUGACCAAGCAAGCGAUGAUGAAAAUAAGGCACCUGUUUAUGAUCAACUUGGUUUGAUCAAAGAUAAUCAAGCAGAAUAUGAAGAAGCACUUACAUUCUGUGAAAAAUCACUUGCUAUCAGACAAAAAACUCUUCCUACCCAUCAUCCUGAUUUAGCUACUUCCUACAAUAAUAUUGGUAAUGCGCAUUAUAGCAUGGGUAAUUAUCCGAAAGCACUUUCAUCUCAUGAAAAAGCCCUUGAAAUUCGACAACAAUCACCUCUUCCCAAUCAUUCUAGUUUGGCUGAUUCCUACAAUAAUAUUGGUAAUGUGCAUUACAAGAUGGGUAAUUAUCCAAAAGCACUUUCAUCUCAUGAAAAGGCCCUUGAAAUUCGACAACAAUCACAUCCUCCCAGUCCUACUGACUUGGCGAUGUCUUAUAAUAACCUUGGUAAUGUGCAUGAUAGCAUUAGUGAUUAUCCAAAAGCACUUUUUUAUUAUGAAAACGCCCUUGAAAUUCGACAGCAAUCACUUCCUUCCAAUCAUCCAGAUCUGGCUGUUUGCUAUGGUAACAUUGGUAGUGUGUAUGCCAAGAUGGGUAAUUAUCCAAAAGCACUUUCAUCUUAUGAAAAAACUAUUGAAAUUCAACAACAAUCACUUCCUUCCAAUCAUCCUGAUUUGGCUGCUUGCUACAACAAUACUGGUAUAGUGCAUUACUACAUGGGUAAUUAUCCGAAAGCGCUUUCAUAUCACGAAAAAGCCACUGAAAUUCAACAACAAUCACUUCCUUCCAAUCAUCCUGGCCUGGCUGUUUCCUAUGGUAACAUUGGUAAUGUGCAUGCCAAGAUGGGUAAUUAUGCAAAAGCACUUUCAGUGCGUGAAAAAGCCGUUGAAAUCCAACAACAAUCACUUCCUCCCAAUCAUCCUGAUUUGGCUGCUUCAUACAAUAAUAUUGGUAAUGGAUAUUACAACAUGGGUAAUUAUCCGAAAGCGCUUUCAUAUCAUGAAAAAGCCCUUGAAAUCAAACAAAAAUCACUUCCUCCCAAUCAUCCUGAUCUGGCUCUGUCCUACAACAAUAUUGGUGCAGUGUAUGAAAACAUGAGUAAUUUCUCAAAAGCCCGUACAUUUUAUAAACAUGCUAUAAAAAUUGGAGAACAAUCAUUACCUUCAAAUCACUCAAAUCUUCUGCAAUGGAGAAAGAACCUCAAACUUGUGAAAAACAAAUAA